AUGGCCUGGCCAGUGGCCAUAUUCAAAACUAAGCGCUGGAACAAAAUAAAGGAAGUGGGCAUGCCCUAUUCGCAAGUGCCAGCCUUUGGUAACACAAACUUUGUUGAUCAAAAUAAUGAUUACGAGGAAACGGAAGAUGUACGUGAAAAUACUAGCCACUGGACGUGGGUUGAAGAUAAGCUUUUAAUAAGUGCAUGGUUGAAUGUGUUAAUUGAUCCACUAAUCGGUACUGAACAAAAAGCCGAAGCAUUUUGGGACAGAAUUAAGCAAUAUUGUGAAGAGGACAAUCCCGACGUCAUCGAAAGAGGAGUUGUUGCUAUGAGAAAACGGUGGCAACGAAUAAAUGAAGGUGCUCAGAAAUUUGGGACAUGUUAUGAUGAGGCACAACGAAUGAUUAGGAGUGGUUCAAACUUAGAUAACAUAAUUGAGAAAGCUCAUGAACUCCAUUUGGCUCAACACAAGAAAACAACGAAUUUUGAUAAUCAUUGGCGUAAGCUUCGUAGACAUCCCAAGUGA